AUUUAUUAUUUAUAAAUUAUGCCAGUACAUACUUUGCUCAAAUUAAAUAUUCUUUAGACAUAUGCACAUUCUUGUGUAUUUCUAUAGUUAAUGUCCGUCUCUAUGGAAAUUGCGUUGUGUUUCAGUUGUGUUUAACCUCACAUGUCAAGCCGCACAAAAAAUUGUGCGGUAUUACAUAUAUAUAUCUUUUUUUCUUACAGAAACUUGUGAAAAAAAUUGAGUUAUAAUAUUUUUACAGAAAUUUAUACAUAUUAUAAAAGUUUGUAGAAGUGCAAUUCAUCAUGAUGCUCAGGAUAUCAAUUUUCAUAUUAUUUUUGAUAAAUGUUUAUACUGCACAUUGCCAAGAAAUUGAUAUAAAUGGCUAUAUUGCUUACUGCCCUUGCAUGGGACGUUUUGGAAAUCAGGCAGAUCAUUUUUUAGGAGCUUUAGGGUUUGCCAAAGCUUUGAAUCGUACUCUGCUAGUACCGGCAUGGGUUGAAUUUCGUACUGGAGAGCCAAAAUCUAUACAAAUACCUUUCAAUACUUAUUUUAAUCUUUCGCAAGUACAAAGCUGCCACAAAGCAUUGUUAAUGGAGGACUUUAUGAGGGAUAUUGCACCGAGGAUAUGGUUACCUCAGGAAAGAGUAUCUUUUUGUUAUUCACCCCGCGAGGGAAGCAAAGGACAAUCCUGCAAUGCCAAGCAAGGAAAUCCAUUCGGUUCUUUCUGGGACACAUACAAUAUCGAUUUUGCUAAAUCAGAAUUCUAUGGUCCGCUUCAUUACGACGUAUAUCAUACCGAUAUGAAGAUGCAAUGGCAGAAACGUUAUCCAGCUGUGACUUGGCCAGUACUGGCGUUUACAGGUGCACCCGCUAGUUUUCCAGUGCAGAUCGAAAAUAAGCAGUUUCAGAAAUGCCUCAAUUGGAAUAACGACAUACUAAAUCAAGCGAAAACGUUUAUAAAGGAAAAAUUGCCAAAAGGUGCAUUCAUCGGUAUACAUUUGCGGAAUGGAAUUGAUUGGAUACGCGCAUGCGAACACAUAUCAUCCGCGCCGAACCUUUUCGCCGCGCCUCAGUGCCUUGGGUAUCGCAAUGAACGUGGCAAAGCAACUUCGUCUAUGUGCCUACCGUCGUUCGACUUAAUACUGCGUCAUCUGAAACGCGUUAUUCGCAACGGCAAUGAUGUCAAAUCAGUGUUUGUGGCAUCAGACAACAAUCAUAUGUUAGAGAAACUUGAAGAAGCUUUGUCACGUAUGAAGAUACCGGUCUUCAGACAAGAAUCAUUGGCCUCACCGCAUUUGGAUCUAGCAAUUCUCGGUAGGGCAAACUAUUUCAUAGGAAACUGUAUUUCUUCGUUCUCCGCUUUCGUGGCCAGAGAAAGAGAAGUCAAGGGACUUCCGACAUUUUUCUGGGGUUUCCCUAACGAAAGAUCUUCUACAGUUCAUGUGGAACUGUAAUAUCACACUCUUAUGACAUAAUA